AUGUCAGCAACCUCGCGGCAACAGCCUGAAGCUGGUGGCAGCGCCGGUGCCGACGCGGGCUCUGCUCCAACCACACCAGCCAGACACGGUCGCGCAAGACAUGCCCGAACGCAUGCAUCACUGACUUCCAGCAUAGCAAGCACAAGCACGGAUGUAUCAGCACCGCUGAAUGGUCUUCCUCGUCGUCCCUCUGUUCCCAGCGAAGCGUCUCGAAUGUUCCAGACAACAGGCUUCGAUCCGUUUGGUACCGAACCCGACUCCCUCUUCAGCUCACUGACGGUCAAAGAAGUCGAAGCAUACGAGCGUGCCGUCAGGGCCACCGCGCAUGGAAAGGCAGAAGAACUCAGGAGCCUCGUUGGUCAGCGCUACGAGGAUCUCCUUGGCACGGCCAACACGAUCAUCGACAUGGCCGGCAGCUCGGAGCAACUCUCUCGAAGGCUGCACGAGCUUUCGGACGGCGUCCGAAUGGCAGCAGUGUCGAGGGACAAGGUCCAAUCACCCAAACGGUCGCAUCGGCGCAAAAGCUUUCUGCCAGCUCAGCAUCUCGUGGACGAGUCAGAGACAGCCGACGCCUCUUCGCUGCAUCGGGAAGCGAUAUACGUGCUCGGCGCCUCUUUGCGCCUCAUCAUGGACACGCCCGAGUACGUUUGGAAGUCAAUAGAGAAGGGAAAGACGUUACAGGCCAGCUGGGCUUUUAUGCUCGCUCGCGCAACAUGGACCGACAUGGUCGAUUCAGCGUCUCGCUCGGGCUCCUCAGCCCUCGCCACGGGCGAUAACAUUGGCACCGACUCAGUCUUGGAAGCCGUCUCGCUGCUCGAGGUCAAUGUUAAGAAGGCCUUCCCUUUCAUUGAAAAGCAGUGGCAGACCAUGAUACCUAUGCGCAAGCAAAUAGUUCAUCGAGCUGUGUCGCUGCUCUCGGAUGCUCAGAUCGAGUCGAUGGCCGUGGUAGACCAGCUCGCAGCGCUGGUGUUGCUCGACGGGACCAAGUUCGACCAAGCCUUCCGCUUGCUGCUCUCACAGCGACUCACGGCAAUGCGUCGGAUGCUGCAACGCACAUCUCCUCCUCAUCACCGCGGUUCAGGACGGUCUUCGGCCAUGCCAUCGAAAAAGCAGGCAGCGGACAAGUCAUCAGAUUCAAAGUCCAAUGACAAAGGCCGAGCCGCAGCACGUGCUGCUGAAACGAUCGUCGAGCUUGUUACUCUCUUUGCUCGGACACUGCAGCAUGCCGUGCAAGUCUUUGUUCUUCCGCCAAAGAGAGAGACUUCUUCUUCGCCGUCGACACCGCUACUGCUGGAUCUGCUGCAAAGUGUCACAGACCCUGCCAAUUCCGCCGCCGCAACGCUUGCAGUCGGAUCUCCAACCUCGGAUCGCAGCUUCUUGCUUUCACAGCCAUCUCUUACAGGUGAAUCGCCCGCUUCCAGACAAGAUGCUGCUAGUCUUCGUGCACAAAGAAGGCGAUCGAGCUACGGCCUGCCAAUGACAGAAGACACAGCCCAGACUGGCGCAAAAGCUCAACCGGAGCCUGGCGUGCAAACAGCUCACAGCCGACCGCUUCGAGUGUCUACGGCGAGCGUGGUCGAAGCUCUCCCGAGUGGACGUAUCCUCUCCCGUCUCCUCCCAUCUUCCUCCUGGGCUUUUGCACCGCAUCUCGACCUGGAAGCUAAGGAGCCGCACUCCCCUGCUCACUUUUUGACGGAACUGUCAUCUUGGUCGACGAAGGCGCGCGAGACCAUCAUCGGGUCUUCCGAAAGCGCAAGCCCGGCUACACUGCACUUUCUGCUUUCGGACUUGUCGGAUGUCAGCGAGCUUGCUCUCGUGCGCAGCUCGCUCCGUGUCGCGCUGCAUCGAGCACGCCGCAUCGUAGCGCGUAAGCUCGCUGGCUCGCUCUCAUCCACUGACGAGCGCCGCCGGGAGGCGAUGUCAACGAUUCACUGCGAGCUAGACCGACUCGAAGAGUCGAUCGAUAAGACACUUCAAGGUCGUUUGUUGAGCCUCAUCGAACGAACGCUCAAAGAUGCGGCGCAAAGUCUGCUCAAGGAGGCAGAAAAGAUCGUGUUCGCUUUGAACAGCGGAAUGGUAUCGCGAGUCGAUUCGCAAAGCCGGGUCGAGGCACCUCUGGAUGACCUGUUUCACCCCAUCGAGGCUGACGAUCGAGCUAGUCUGAAAGAGGUCGCGAACCCAUCAGCUUCGAGCCGCGCCUACGCAGCAACGCUUCAAGAUGACGUCUGCGGUCGAUCAAAGCAGAUCGACCGUCUCGUGAGCAUGUACGAGGGACCUCUGGCGACCUUGUCACAAGAGCUGCAAUCGUAUCGGGCGGAGCUCGGAUCGGAUGCAAGGUUUGUUGGCGCAUUGGCAUCCAUCGAUGCCAAGUAUGACUCGGUCCUUGCUGCGUCACGGGUAGAGUUGGAAACAGGAUUCAAGAAGCUACUAGAGCAGGAGUCGUCCUCGUCGUCAGAAAGGACAGGAGAGUCCGUUGAUCAUCAAGUGGGAGUCUUGGAAUCGACCUCAUUGGUGAUGAGGAUUAUCGCCGUACUUUCCGUCAGAACAUCUUCCGGGAACAAGAUUCGAGAACCAGUCAAAGCGGCACUGGAGCGCUUCUGGCUACCCCAGCUCGAGCAACGUAUCUCAUCUGCUCUCAAGUCUGGCAACCCCGUCAACGCAAAACUUCAAGACACGGCAAAGUCGUCCGUCUCAACGCCUCUGCUUUGUGCGCUGGCGAUUCUGGCUGAAUCUAUUGUCCAGCUCGGUCCUGCGCUCGCGGGGCCCGAGCUCGCCUUGCAGGUUCGCGGCAUCCUAGAGUGGAUCUCAAACAACGAAACAACAUCGGCAAGUGACUCGGAACAGAUCCGAGAACUUCUGACGGCCGACGCAACGACCCUCUCCAAGCACAUUGCGGCCGACGCCGGCCUACGUCGCAUACGUCUGGCAUUGGCGCCACUUGUGCUGGCACUCGCGACAACAGCUGUCGAGCCUCAGACGGUGGAAGGUGAAGCGGUCCCUGCAGCAUUGACGCCAGCCGAGCCGGCGUCUGCGAUCGGGGACGUCAAACCGAUCCUCAGCGUAUCGCGAAAGAAGAUGGACCGCUUUUCGUCCCUGCCGGUUCGAUGA